AUGCUGGACAGAGACCAGCUGGACCGCUUGGUGCUUUACUACUUCUGUGCACCUAAAGAGCGGAUUCGGGGAGUGCACCGUUGUGAUCUGCGCCCGGCCAGCCCAGCAGCCAGCCUGCCAUCUCAGCAGCUGCUGUCUCCCCACGCCAACAGAGAGAGAAGAGAAUCACCAGAGCUGGCUCGGAGACGAAUCAGGCAUCAAGGAGAUGUUUCUCCUCAGUGCAUAGGCGGCUUUGGGCAGCAGAGGCUCAGCUAUCCUGCACGAGGGACCAAGUCACCGAGUAAUACGGCAAACGCCAGGAGCGCGCUGUUGUCCUCGUCAGCGAGAGCUAGCGAUGCUCCCGACUCGAGAGGGAAGCCCAGGAAGGUGGCUGGCAGUGAGGGAAGACCGAAGAACAGAGGCGUGAGUGAAUCUGCAGGGGGGACAAGGCCACGUGCGAGACCUACUCAGAACUUUCAUUCAGAAGCCUUCACAGCCAGCUUCUCGAGAACUUCUCCAACCCAACCAAGCACCAGCAAUGGAGGAGGAAGGAGCCUCGGGAUGCCGGAUGGUCCAGUCAGCUUCAGGCGCAGGAACACAAAGGCAAAAGCCCAGAGCCCAGCAUCUGGUCGGCCAGAGGAGGAGUAAUCCACCACUGAGGAAAACACAUUUAGCGCUCUACACACCAUCACUACGCGCUCUAGUACUUGGUCAUCUGAGCGCAAGGAAAUUCCUGUAUUGCCAUGUCAUUGAAGACUUUCUAUGAAUUUACAUUUUUAGAGGCAGUGAUCACUUUAUAUAUAUAUAUUUUCUUUUUAAUUUGUGAGAGCAUAUGACGGGUUCUUACGUCUGUGAUCUAUACUAGCAACAUCCCAAGACAGCAAAUACACUUCUGCCUUGGGAACCACCUGGGUUAUGUUUCCGUACUGGCUCUGACACCCCGUGAAAGAGACGUUUUGACAUACUGAUCUUCAAGCACGUGCCCUGCUGCUCUUGUGCGAGUUAGUUAAUUCUGAAGACAGCUACAGCAGAUGAAAAACAAAAGCAAGCUGCCAGCCAGGACGAUGCCGGGGAAGAGGUGGGCCCAGGAGCUUACCCGAGUCCUUUGGAGGACAGGCUCCGUGGCUGGCACGCUGGAGAACACCCGGCGCUGCAAGGGCGGUUGGUCUGGGCAGUUCUGAACUGAACUCCGUUGCAUCGAGUGGUUUGUUUGGCUCAACACCUCUGCUGAAGGGAGGGGUAACGGGGCGUUGCUGGAGACCUUGCAGCUGAGCCUGUUCCUACAGCUUAACAGCGCGUCUCACCAGCUCUGUGGCUCAGCCAGGCGAAGCCGUGUGUGUGCCUCGGGACGGAGGGGUCUGCGCCUCCAGCUGCACGUC